AUGGCCGAGGUUAUCGAGGUGGCCGAGCGCUGGGGCCGGGAGCGCGCCCAAAGCAAGCUCGAAGGCGCACCGGGGUCCCCGCACAGCUCCUCUCCCUUCGCGAUUUCCGAGGGCCGGAGCCACCUGAGCGGGCAGCAGUCGUCCAAGAUCAGGUUUGGUUCCUGGGUGUCGCAGUACGGGAAGUUCCCGAGCUGGGACCCCAGCGGCCGGCGGCAAGCAGGCGCCGAGCAGGCCGCAACUGGCGCCGGCCCCGGCCCCGGAGUUUGGGACACUCCGACCCCCGACGGCGCCAAGGACCACCCUCGCACUCCAAACGUGGAGCUGAUCUUUGACCACGUGGGCCACUUCGGGAGAUUCCAGAAAGUCCUCUAUUUCAUUUGUGCCUUCCAGAACACCUCUUGUGGUAUCCAUUUGUUGGCUUCUGUGUUCAUCAUAUCAACCCCUUCAUUUACCUGCAAACCUCCAGGAAACGUGUCUCGGAUUCUUUACCAAAAUACUUCUGGUGACAUGUUGAAGAACAUAUUCUCACAAAACACAGAUGACUUCAUAAUAGUGCAACUAGAGAAUGGUGAAAUCUGGGAGCUCUCCAAUUGUGGGAGAGUUCAUAGGACUGACUUGGAGUUGGGUAUGAAGUUUUUUCAUAGAGACUCUAAGAUUAGUUCAGCUUGCCCGAAUGGUUUUUUCUACAACCAGUCCAAUGAGAAAUUCUCUGUAGUGACUGAGUGGAACCUGGUGUGUGAUCGAAAACAUUUAGCGCAAAUGAUUCAGCCUGUAUUUGUAUUUGGAGUCAUGGUAGGAUCAAUGAUAUCUGGCUACCUUGCUGACAGGUUGGGGAGACGACUUAUUAUGUGGCCUACAAGCAUAGCCAUGAUUCUGUUUGGUGUAUUAACUACUUUCUCGGUGGACAUUAUCAACUUCUUUAUUGUGUACUUUUUUCUUGCUAUGGUUACUGGUGGCUUCCUUAUAGUGGCCUUCGUCUACAUGGUGGAGAUCAUCGGCCUAAAGUACCGAGCCACAGCGGCCAUCUUCCUGCACAUCUCCUUUGCACUGGGGGUCAUGAUCGUGACUUUGGUUGGCUACCUGGUGAAGACUUGGUGGCUCUAUCAGAUAAUCUUGUCCUUGGUGACAUCUCCCUUCAUCCUGUGCUGUUGGAUCCUCCCAGAGACACCCUUCUGGCUUCUCUCAGAGGGAAGAUACAAAGAAGCACAAGAAGUAGUUGAUAAAAUGGCAAAGUGGAACGGAAACUCCCCCUGUCAACUGUCAGAAGUGUUUUUAUUGGAUCUAAAUAAUCCCGUUAAUUAUUGCUUCAUUAAGAAGAAGACUCACAGUAUUCUGUAUCUGUUUUAUGACUGGAAUGUGGGACUAAUAACAGCGAUUACUUGGUUGAUUUGGUUCACAGCAUCUUUGGGAUUCUACUGCUUCUCCUUGAUAACUCUUAGUUUAAGUGAAAAUAAAUAUUUACAUUUAUUCCUUGCAGGUAUUGUGGAAAUACCUGCCUACAUCCUCGUGGCCCUGGGAAUGCAGACUAUGGGGUCAAAAAAACUUCUGUCUCUUUUUCUCUGGUUAAGUUCAGUGACCUGUGGUAUACUGAUCAUCCCCACGGGCUACUAUUAUACUAAAAUGCUGAUAGUUUUGGUCACAAAAAUAUUCAUAUCGGCAGUUUUUAACCUCAUUUUCUUUCAUACUGCUAACUUCUAUCCAACCACUGUAAGGGCGCUGGCUGUAGGCAGUGGCUGCAUGGUGAGCCGCCUGGGAAGCCUGGUAGCUCCAUUCUACCAAAGUUUUUCCACCUUUUCGCAGUUGGUACCACAGUUCUUAGUGAUGGUCUUGGUCUUACUGAGUGGAGUACUAACACUCGUGCUUCCAGAAACCUUCAAAAUGCCUCUGGCAAAUACUUGGGAGGAUUCUUUCAUACUGAAGAAAGGACAGAAAACCAACUCAAAGGAUACACUUCCCAUAGCCAUUACCUGCAUCAUGAAAGCCUAA